CAGUUAACGCUGCAGACUGCUAUUGCUUCUGUUCGCAUUGCAAGUAUGUAUUCAUUCAUUUCUACAGUGGUUGUCAUUCCACCAACACUACACACGUUUUGGUUUGGUUUUAUGUCUUAUAUGAACGACCCUCUUCACCAUACCGUUCAUAAUCAUUGAUUAAGCUAGCAUGAAAUUCAGAUGUUCUAGUGGAUUUUUUACCCUUUUUUUUUUUUCUGGCAAAAGCCAGGAGGUUUUGCGCAAACGCUGACUAGGAUUUGGAACUGUUCAUAAUUCCCUCCAACUUGGCCAAGAUGUAAAUUUCAUGACCAGCACGCAUCACAGUAGGGACGGUGUUCUUUUGGAAAUGACCAUUGUUGCAUUUGCACCAAACAGUUCAAACUUGGGUUCGUUGGCACACAACAUUGUUUUCCCACAUGCAUCUGUGAUUCGUUGUAAAUCAGUUUAUUAUUUUUAAUAUGACAAAAAAUUAUAUGAGAUGAUAGGGGGAAAACUGACCGUAAACUAUCAUUAAAUUGCAAAAAGACAGAUUUGACUUGCAUGUUUCCCCCGUGCCUGUGUGGGUUUUCUCCGGGCACUCCGGUUUCCUCCCACAUCCCCAAAAAAAUGCAACACGAAUUGGACACUAAAUUGGCCCUUGGUCGGAUUGUGAGUGCGGUUGUUUGUCUCGAUGUGCCCUGCGAUUGCCUGGCAAAACCAGUUCAUAGUGUACCCCGCCUCCUGCCCGUUGACAGCUGGGAUAGGCUACAGCACUCCCGCGACCCUCGUGAGGAUAAGCGGGUAAGAAAAUGGAUGGGUGGACUUCAAGACAGUAACUCCUGCGAUAUACACUUCAGCCAGCAGGGAGCGGGGAUGUUCCUGAAUCGCGUUUGUCAAGCACCAUUGACCGACAAGGAAGAAUAAUACAAUAGGUGUACAGUACACGCUACAGCAGGGAAGAUGUUUUUCAUAUUUUCACGUUGACAAGUCAUACUUGUUCUUCUGUGCUUUAAUUAAAAAUGUCUCGCUGCAGGAAAUGAGACGUUCUGCCGGUGGGACGCAGGACAAGUAUGAUUUUCGUUCCGAGCGGUAGUAGUAGUAGUAGUGUCCGCGUUGAACUCGGUGGCGUAAUGGACGUAAGUUACAGUAGUAGCCCGUUAAGUCGCCACAGCAUCAGCUACUAAUAUAGUAACCCGAAAGCUAGCCUACCAUUUAUAUCGUUGUCUCGUGUAUUUCACUUUGCUAAGCACAUUGCUAUUAAAAAUAGUCGACGGCACGGGAGCUAACGCAAACUAUUACCCGUUAAAAGAGAUGCCGUCUACGUGCCACUCUGUUUUAACAUGUAUCAUACUUAAAUAGAAGUGAUGUAAACUGUGUGUGCUAAGUUUUGAGGUUAAAGUGAAUUAUACGAAGGUUGGUGUGUGUUCAAGGCUAGUAAACAAACAAAACAGCUGUUUGUUGUUUGCUAGCAAAAUGUGUAGAGAGAAAACCUCCGCAUUGUUAAUGUUAGAGCAGUUAAAUUUAGAAAGUGUUUCUUUAUAUCUUCGUUGCUAGCCCGUUUCGAUAUUGUUUUUUUUUACGUCUGGUAGUGCGGGUAAAGUGCUUAUUAAGCGCUGCAGACCAGCACACAAAAAAGCCCUCGUUUUGUUAGUUAGCAAAAUGUGAAAAGGCUCCCCACAGAGUUAAUGCUGUCAUAUUUCCAAAGCGUGUGCUUAACUCUUAAUUAAUGCCGUUAAAUUGAAUUGUUUAUUAUGGCCAAAUGUUGACUGAGCCCGGAGGCGUCCAUCUUUAUUUUCCGAACAGCCAAUCGUAUAACUCGUUGAUCUGACGUCACUUCAACGCGGAAGUGGUGUAAAAUAGACGAUUUUGUAUUAUUUUAAGUCAUUGCUCACUUGUGAUGGAUAGCUUCUUCAAAAUGCCUCCCCAAAAGAGUUUGGUUCGGAAUAAGCCGAAAAGAACAAACAUAAUGAGGACCAUCGAACUGAAAAAGGAACUUAUUGCCAAGUUUGAAAGCGGCACGAGGGUGUCCGACCUGGCAGCUCAGUACAACAUGGCCAAGUCCACCAUAUCCACCAUUUUGAAAAAGAAAGAAGCCAUCAAAGCUGCCGAUGUGGCAAAAGGAGUAAAAACGCUGACAAGCAGGAGACCUUAUCGAAUGGAAGACGUGGAGAAACUUCUACUUAAGUGGGUCACCGAGAGGCAGGCGAGGGGCGAAAAAGUGUCGGAGCCGAUCAUUUGCGAGCGCGCCAGGCAGCUGUACAGCGACCUGACUCGCGACAGCCCGGGGGACAGCGCAGACGACUUCAAGGCCAGCAGGGGCUGGUUUGAAAACUUUAAAAAGAGAAGCGGGAUCCGUUACGUGGUCCGGAAGAGGGAGACCCUGCGUGCCGAUAAAGAAGGUGCCAAGAAGUUUGUGGAGGAGUUCCAGUCGUUUGUGGGGAGCGAAGGCUUUCUUCCCCAGCAAGUGUUCAACUGCGAUGAGACGGGACUCUUUUGGAAGAAGAUGCCCAAGAGGACGUACAUUACACGGGAAGAGAAAAGCCUACCGGGACACAAGCCCAUGAAAGACAGGCUGACUCUGCUGCUGUGCGCCAAUGCGAGCGGGGAUUGCAAAGUCAAGCCUCUGCUGGUGUACCACUCGGAAACCCCGAGAGCCUUCAAAAAGAACAAUGUGCAGAAAAACAAGCUCAGCGUCAUGUGGAGGUCCAAUGCCAAAGCGCUGGUCACCAGGCAGUUCUUUGCCGAGUGGUUCCAGGAGGUGUUUGCUCCUAGCGUGGCGGAAUACCUGACGGAGAAGAAUCUUCCGCUCAAGGCGCUUCUGGUCCUGGACGCCGCCGUCGCUCAGCCGUCGGGCUUGGGAGAAGAUUGGAGCGGCGACCACGACUUCAUCGCGGUGAAGUUUUUGCCGCCCAACACCACACCUCUGCUCCAGCCCAUGGGCCAGCAGCUCAUCUCCAACUUCAAGAAGCUUUACACAAAGGCCCUCUUCCAACGGUGCUUCGAGGUGACCAUGGAGACCAACCUGACCUUGAGAGAGUUCUGGAAGGACCACUUCAACAUCCUCCACUGCUUGACCGUCCUGGAGAAAGCCUGGGAGCAGGUCACCAAGAGGACGGUGCAGUUGUCCUGGAGGAAGCUGUGGCCAGCCUCUGUGGUGCCCAGGUUCUUUGAAGGAUUUGAACCCGACCCCGCUCUGGAGACAGACGUGGUUGACGAGAUUGUGUCCCUGGGCAAGUUCAUGGGCCUGGAGGUAGACAGCGACGACGUCGAGGAGUUGGUGGAGGAACACACCCUGAUGCUCUCCGCCGACCACCUGCAAGACGUCCAGCAACCGGGCCUUCCCGAGGACGCGUCCUCCGAGGAGGAGGAAGACGCCGGCUGGAACGACAACAUUCCCACCGCGGAAAUCAAGGAGAUGCUGGGCUACUGGGCCAAGACCCAGAGUCUGGUGGCCAAGUGGCACCCGAGCGUUGCCGUGGUGAAGAGGAACAUCAACUUGUUCGACGGCAACGUGGUGGAGCACUUCCGAGGCAUCCUGAAAAGUCGCAAGAGGCAAGCGGCCUUGGACGGCAUCUUCACCAAGGAAGAAGCCAGUUGCGCAAGCAGCGGCAGUGAGACGCCUGCCUCCAAGAGGGGAAGGAAGGACCGUGCGACGGACGCUGACUCGGAUCAAGCGGACUCUCCUUCCGUGGAGUGACGCCCCUCCUCUCCAAUUCCUUCCACUUUAUCGUAAUCAUCAUCAUGUGUGUCACUUACAUGAACGUCACUCAUAAUAAUAUCUCUAUAACGGAAUUUAAAAGCUUUAUUUUUAAAGUGGGAUCUAUCGGAAAGGCCGAGAGCCUCACGGAAGGGGAUUGCGUAGCCGUCCGAGGCGUCCACUGCACCCUGGAUUUAAGAUUCUAUCAGAGACCGGGUUAUCCAGGCGCCCCGGCGCUCUGGCCAGCGAGAAAGACCGGGAGUCGGUGACCCCUCCCAGACUGCCGUAGAAGGACAUCCCAGCCUCGGGAUCGAAGUGGUGACUCCUGCGCAGACGGAGCUGGAUGCUCCGUCCGUUGACUUUUGCGGGCAGGGAUCCGUCUGUAGGACCAGAACAGACUCUUGCAAGUCCAGCAGAGAUGACGAUUUGGAGCAGUGACCGAUGACUUAUCUGGAGACCUGGUUUGAAGAAGUUCCAGAGUGGAGUGGACCCAUGGAGAACUUUCCGUGACCUCCGCACACUCGUGGCAGCUGAUCUGGGACCAGCACCGCCUUCGCUACCGCUUUCCAGCUUCUUUUACAGCAAUGGACGAUAACAAUCUUAAUUAUUAAUCAUAUUAGUCUUAGUCCUGCUUCUAGGAAAGGACAUUACUGCGUAUCAGGAGCACCGUUCGCUGAAGCUUUUCUACACUUGUGUGAUAGUUCAGAAUUAAAACAUUGACUUGUAGCAAUAAUAAAAGUUUUUAUUUGAAGGCAGGUGGAUCAUGGGCAAAAUCAUUUCCAUUUCGGCGCGUUGGUUGUGAUUUAGGAUGCUGCAAUCUUGUCCAAAUUUGUCACUGGUUGCUGAGCCACCGGAAAGGAAGUAACGUGGUUCCGUUUCCUGCUGAUUUGAAUGGAAAGCAGGCCACACCUUUUUGCAAUUAGUAUUUGUCACCCGUUAAAGAUGGCUUGUAAAGGUGAUAUAAUGUACAACUAAAAAUGCCGACAGUACGAUUUUCCAACCACUUUGAAGCCAUUCGAAUGAGGAGAAAUCGCUGUUUAAGUCCAACCAAAUGCAGCGUCACCAUCGCUCGUGUUCAAUGCCCUUGUGUCAAAGCGACACAGAACCCGGAUUUAAAUUAUUUAAAUAUGUACACGUCGGCAGCGUAUUGUCUUUACGUAGCAAGUAAAAUGUGCAAAUGUCCUUUUGCAUUUUAAUUCGCCGUACCCGUUCGUUGCAUUUGCGCUGCCCCGUGCCGCUUUGGCCGGUGGCAUGUGAAGUUGGCACCAAUAUUGGCGGAGUGAUUUCUCAAUGACGACGACAACAACGAGAUUUGAUUAGCCUUAUACAGUACAUUGAAAGCCACACGGGGGAAUGUACCGAGACGUGGAAAUUUCACUGUGAUCUUCACGCUGUGGUUUCAGCAUUGUUAACAAUACAAAAGUUAACCUUGAUAAAAAAAAUAGAGCCCAUGUACACAUUCUUCACUUGUAUUACGUCUCCUCCUCCAACGUAUCGCAAGGGGAACGCUUCAUAACUGCGUCAUGUUCAAACCAAUGUGAAAAGAGAUCAGGCUACUUUUACUCCCUGUUCGGUAGUUUAGCAACCGGUGCCGAAUACUGGAUGGACAAGCUUGGAUCCGAGCCCCCUGUUGGAAAGGCCUUCACUUCUCUUCAGUUCUCAUUGGGUCGAUUUUACAAUUGAGUGAACAAUCAUGUUCGCCUGAAUUGUUAUAAAUCUUAUAAAACCAAAGGAUAGUUUUAACUGAAUUUAAUGUCAUAUACUGUAUUGUAUUGCUGAAUUGUCAAUUUGCGUUUCCCUCACGUUGAAACUACGGUAAGGACAAUUCCGAUCGUCCUUGAAGGCGGCGGCAGAUGCUGCGAGACUGGGGCGUUCCAUUGCCGUGGACGUGAACGCACCACGGAGCGAACCAUUCGCGCCUUCUCCGAGCUCGGCGUCGACCUGGUCGGAACCGGGACCGCCUGGUCGUUUUUCGUCCGCCUUUUAGCGGACGCCCUGGCCUGGCGGUAGGCGACGGGUCGCUGGAGGCCGGCCGAGCGGCCCCCGCCGCCGGUGGGCAGCUUCGACGUUUUCCCCUCGACAGCAACAACAACAAUGGCAGAUUGUGUAUGAAAUGAAAUUUAAAGAUCUCGAGUGUUAUGAACCACGACAUGGACGCAAACGCACCACGCGCCUUGCUCAGGGGAGAAAAACAAAA